AUCACAUGUCGGCCAUUGAACAGGAAUGUUGACGGAUUCCCCUCCGUCUAUCUCUUCCAGUCAGCACAGUGAGCUCUUCUGCAUAACUGCCGCCGUGUGUGGAUUCUUGACCCAAGAAAGAAACCAGGGGCGGGGGAAGAUCACUAAGCCCAACGAUUUGGGAUUGGGCUGUGUUGGGAUUCCCAACUUGGGAUGGAACUGAUGCUGGAGAUGGGGUCAUUUGACCCAAUCCCAGACACCUAGAUCAUCUGCCUGCCCUCUUCUUUUUGGGCAUCCUCACAAUGGUGUCCUUGAAGGAAAUGAGAUUGCUCCCUGUCGUCAAAAUAAGCAUCAAAUUCAAUCCAUCGCCCGUCACAAUCUCCUGCAGGCAGAACAUUCCAGCCCGCCGUGACAGUAGCCUCAAACUCUUCUUGUCCUAGCCCCCACCACGCAGGGUGGGACGCGCAUUAGGGGGCCCGUCAUGAUUGGCGACUCGCUCGCCGAGUUUGCCUUCACCCGUAUCGCCAUAUUCCUUCUGCACUACUCCAUUCCCGUCGGCCUGGCCCUCCUCGUCGCACUGCAAUGCACCACGGGCGUCGUCUCGUGGUGGCUGUGGCCGGGAACCGGGCCCGGUCCGUCGUCGUUCGCGCGGGUACUCGCUGCGACCAUCGCCGCCGUCGUCGCCUUCGACUCGGCCUUCGCCCUGGUCGUCUACCUGCCUUAUAGGAGGCGCGCGGAGCGGCUGGUAGCCUCGUACCCGCCACCCAUGUCCCCGCUCCAGAGACGAAAGCUUUUCGAUACUUGCUUCGAAAACGUCCCCGACUGCGAGACGUACUUGCGCGGCUGGUUUCUAGGCGCCGAGAUACGUGACAUCCGCCGCGACAACGUCCACGAGUUCCUGGCCUGGGCCUUUUUCGACCGCGACUCGUCGGCUGUCUCGGCAACCGUCGAAUCUGGCCUGCUGCUAGAUCAGGACGAGGAGGCGGAGCUGCAGGGCUACCUGGACGAGAUCGACGGUCGCCUGCGCGCUGCUGCAUCGAGCGACGGGGUCGGCCUGCUCCCGGGCCACGGGCCAGUGAGAUCGCUCCGCCUCAGCGUCGACGAGGUCCAUAUGCGCUUCCGCAGUUUUAUCUGGUAUCUCAUCGUCAUGGCUGUCGAUAUCUUCACCCACCUCACGCUCACUUCCAUGGGUUUCAAGUACCAUGCUCCUCCAAUGGCGGGCGCCCUGCACGUCCUGCCUCCACGGCCACAACUGUGGCUGCCAAAAGCCCUUGUGCCUCGCGGCCCCUCUCCCUCGGCGUCGAUGGCGUACUGGCACCGCCCGCACAUGUCGCAGACCAGAAAGCCCGUGUUGUUCAUUCAUGGCAUUGGCAUCGGCCUUUUGCCGUACAUGAAAUUUAUGUUCGAGGUGGCGGCCCGAGACACGAACGCUAGCGAUGACGGCCAAGUAGGCAUCAUCGCUCUCGAGAUCCUCCCCAUUUCAAUGCGAUACGCCGGGGCACCCUUAGAUAAGGAGACAUUCCUCAAGAGCGUGUCUGAUAUCCUGGGGCACCACGGCUGGACCACGCGGGAUGUGGCUGAUGCUGGCAAUGCUGAUGGUGAUGGUAAUGAUGAUGAUGGGUUUGUGCUGGUCUCGCACUCGUACGGCUCCGUCCUGACGACACACAUCCUGCGGGACAUGGAGCUCGGCGCUCAAGUGUCAGCCGCCGUGCUCAUCGACCCCGUCUCCCUGCUGCUGCACAUGCCCGAGGUGGCCUUCAACUUCACCCGGCGCCUCCCCCGCCGCGCCAACGAGUGGCAGCUCUGGUUCUUUGCCAGCAUGGACCCAAGCACCGCCCUGACGCUGGCGCGGUACUUUUUCUGGCAGCACAACGCCAUCUGGAAGGAGGAGCUCCUGUGGCGGGCUUGGAGAGGCGGGAGAGCAGACGCGGCUGAGGAUACAUAUGCACAUGCACAUGCUGCUGCUGCUCCUACUGCCAACAACGCCAAAUUGCAGCAGCAGAACCCGCCGCGGACUGGCUGGGCAACCGAUUAUUCCUGCGGGCCCGUGGCCCGUGGAGUUGAUAUCACCGGCCCUGUGGGUGCCGCUCCUCCUGCGCGUGUCCGAAAGCGGAAGGUCGCUGUGUCGCUUGCCGGAUGGGACAUAAUACUCGAUGCGAGGCGGGUCGCCGAGUACCUCCUCCGCGAUGGAGGCAAAGGGCGACCCACAACAUCGGGCCACUCGGAAAUCCGAGCCGGGCGGGCGGGCUCGCGAGAUGGCCCAGUGGCGCCCAGUGGACUUCUGCCGCCCGCCGCAACCGGCGAGGAGGGCGAUGGGACGGGAGGCUACACGACGAGGUCGGGGAUUGAGAUGCUCUACUUCCCCACGCUUGAUCACGCGCAGGUCUUCGAUAAGGAUGCGGAGCGGAGGCGCGUAGUCCACGUGGUGAGGAGGUAUUGCAGGGACUAGUCGCACCCUCUGCCGAGGUCUUUUUUUUCUUCUUCGUAAUGGGACAUCGCCUUGCAUAACAUUGGAUCCCCGUGGGU